CCGUUAUUGGACAGCUAUCUCUCAUCAAUAUUGCUCCUCUUUAAGCCAUAAUAUGGGAAAGAAGUCGAGGAACGAGAGGGAAACGCCAAUCAAGGAAACGUUUGAGCCGCUACCCCUUGAGAGCAAAGCCCCAGCAACAGUAGUGCUGCUGUUGAACUCCCCAGAGGAGGACAUUUUAAUCAAAGCGUGUGAAGCGAUCCAGACAUUUGCAGAGAAAGGAGAUGAGAACAAGGUUUCUCUGCUGGGACUUGGGGCAUUAGUGCCUCUCUGCCAACUCAUUACUCACAACAACAAGCUGGUCAGACGCAAUGCCUUCGUGGCCUUGGGCAUCAUGACCACCAAUGGUGACGUAAGGACUGCGUUGAAAAAAUUAGAUGCCAUUCCAUCAAUUAUUGAAAAACUAUCACUCGAAGAUGAUACAGUUGUCCACGAGUUUGCAACACUGUGCCUGGCUUCUCUGUCAGAGGAUUUCCUCUGUAAGGCCCAGAUCUUUGACAACAAGGGGCUGCCAACUCUAAUUCAGCUGCUGUCUAGUUCUGACCCAGAUGUCAAGAAGAGUUCACUAGAGACCAUCUCCAACCUAGUACAGGACUACAAAAGCCGACUGGUGGUACACGAAUUAGGUGGGAUCCCUCCACUUCUGCAGCUCUUAAAUUCGGAAUUCCCUGUCAUUCAGCAUUUGGCUUUAAAGACGUUGCAACAUGUCACUACUGACAGAGAUGCAAACAAGACCUUCAGGGACAAGCAGGGAUUUGAGAAGCUUAUGGGUAUCCUGAAUAAUGUGAACUUCAGUGACCUACAUGCUGAGGCCUUACAUGUCCUGGCUAACUGCUUGAGUGACAGUGAAAGUGUCCAACUCAUUCACAAGAGUGGAGGACUGACCAAGUUGAUGGAAUUUGUCCUCACUCCCAGUGUGCCUGAAAUUCGGUCAGGUGUUAUUAAAUGCAUCACCAGGGUGGCUCAGAGCUCUGAGAGCUGCAAAGUGCUUCACGAGCAGGAUGUGGAGACGGUUCUGGUUGAGCUUCUGUCCUUGGAGAACAUUGGUGUGAUAACGUCUGCCUGUCAGGCUGUGGCCGCCUUGAGCUUCCACCUAAACAGCAGAGAACGCUUCAGAGAACUUGGUUGUAUCAGUGUCCUGGUUCAACUGCUGAGCAGGGACAGUUUGGCACUGAAAGAGGCGGCAACCCAGGCCCUCUCCAACCUCACUCAUAACAGCGAGUCAAAUGCCUUUGAAGUGUAUGAGGAAGGUGGCGACAAGCUCCUCGUCCAGCAGCUGUAUCAAAGCUGUCCAAAGAUAGUGGCCGAUUCUGCUGCCACACUUUGCAACAUGGCAGAACAUGAGAUCAUCCGCUGUAGCAUCUUGUCACAUGGAGCCAUACAGGCUCUGUUGGAACCCUUGAAAUCUACAGUUACACAAGUCCUGGUAAACACUGCACGUUGCCUGGCAGUGCUGGCCAGUGAUGAAGAAGCUAGGACAGAGCUAGUCAGAAUUGGAGGUCUUCAGCUUCUGGUCAAUCUACUGCAGUCUCACUCCAAGGAGGUGCUGCACAGUGCAUGCUUGGCAGUGAAUGUCUGUGCCAGUGAUGAGCCAACUGCUGUGGAGAUGUGCAAAUUUGGCCUGACAAGUUCUUUGGCCUCCACUGACAUCAUCACCUGCGGCUUCUACGAUGCUGGAAAGGCUCGCCCUGGUCAGAGGAUGCUGACUUUAGAGGAACUGUCCAAGCAACCGGUUAACCAGCGGCAAGCCAUUAUUUUUGUCAACAAAGCAACAGUAUUGCCAGAGGAGACAGUAGAUGUGCCAGAAGAGACACAGAACAAGCCAUCAGAGUCAGAUGGCAGAGUCAGAGGAGAGCGUAAAACACCAAAGGUGACAGUAGAUGUGCCAGAAGAAACACAGAGCAAGCAAUCAGAGUCAGAAAGCAGAGUUAAAGGAGACCGUAAGACACCAAAGAAGAAGAAGGAAGAGGAACAGAAAGAUUAUGGCCUCAUGAAGAAGAAGGAAGAAAAACAGAAAGAUUAUGUCCAGCCUGAGUCUCCUGUAGAGAAACCACGGGGAAUGAUGGAGGAUGUCUCAAUGCAGAUUCUAAUAAAAAUUGCCAAAGAAUACAUCUUUCCACUGAAUGAUGAAAAAGAGCAGUGUGAAUCCUUAGCCAGGCUGGUGAGCGAAGCCAUGGGGGGAGCAGUGGAGAUGGAAAAGAUGCAUGAGUUUUCUUGGAUUCUGCACCUCAGUGAGCUGAAGAUUCAACUUCAGUCUAAUGUUAUUCCCAUUGGUUUCAUCAAAAAGGGAAUCUACUAUCACAGGGCACUCCUGUUCAAGUCACUGGCUGAUUGCAUUGGACUGAGCUGCACACUUGUUAGGGGAGACUACAACCGUGCUUGGAAUGAGGUUCUCCUUUUCAGUAGAAAUUCCUCCAACAAGCUGCACUCUUCACAGCCCUGCCGCUACAUAGUAGACCUUAUGCACCAACCUGGAAACCUGUUUCCAGUCAAUAGCCCAGCUGCAGUCCAAUAUCAAACUAUAUAAUCAAUACUGUACUGUUUAAAUACCACAGAAGGUAACGCUUUGACAUCAUAUUUUGUCUGAUGUGCAUCAACCGAUUUAUAUGUAAUGUGUGUUUAUGUGUACAUGAUGUGUGUAUGGCGGACCUCAU